AGCCCAUAUCUGCGUCAGUGCUGUGCAAAUAGAUGACAGAGCUGUUGGCACUCUGCUGGAUAUUUAAGGGGCAGCAUUUCAAGUCCGAAGAAGUUCUCUUACACUGUUCAUGCACUGCUUCUUCAGCUAUUCUGACUUUGGGAACUAACUCGAAGCUAUGAACAGUGGAAUCUGUAUCUGUGUGCUGCUUGCUAUUCUCUCGACGAGCUGCCUGGGUCGUCACUCGGCAGGGUCUGAUGAUGAGGGUAGUCCUGUAGCAUCUGAGCUGGAUCAGAGCCCCUCAGUGCACCAGAGGCAGGUGCGUGCAGCCACAUCUAAUGGCCAGCUGAAAACGGCAGAGGGAAACAUGGAGCAAAGAGCGAACCUUGGACCACUGCUGGCCAGAUAUCUCAAGCAAGCCAGGAAAGGCUCGUCUGGUAGAAACCUAGCUCUGAGCAGCAAAUCACAGACCCUGGAUCUAAACCACAGAAUAAACGACAGAGAUUACAUGGGCUGGAUGGACUUUGGACGCCGCAGCGCUGAAGAAUAUGACUCCUCAUAAGGAAGAUGUCAACCCCCCCCCAAAAAAUAGAAAAUGUGCUCAAGUUCUGUACAGAGAAUUACAAAAUAAUUUGUAAUUCAUUGUCCUUGAAAUCUGUGUUUCAAAAACUAUAUUAUGUAUUUGAUGUACAUUUGUUUGUAGAACUAGAUGAUGAAAUAUAUACAUUAUAUGCCAAAUUAUGCAGGAAAAAAGAAUCUGUCUUUUUCUGGUUUCUUUUCCUAAUGUUAAUACUAUAUUAUUAAAACAAUUUAAAAUCUCUUGUCCUGUCGCCAGGAAGUUGUCAGGUUUGCAGAAUAAAUAAAGGCAGCUUAUAACUUUUGUUUUAUAUUCUGUAUGCACUAAAAUAUGGUGUAUUUAGACGAUUCAUUUGUAGGUUCAUCCAUCGUUUUACAAUUGUAUUAAUUUGGAGUGGUAACAGGAUUUUAAAAUAAUCUUUCUUUUAUGAACUACACCAUUACUGGUUCCAUUUGAAUUGCUUGUUUUCAAAUACAAGUUGCUGUUGCUUCCGUACCUAAUCAAUUCGAGUUCUAUUUGUCGAUUUAUGUUCAAUGGUCUAGUUGCAAUCAGACCAUGAGACCUACAGGAAAGGAAGCGAGAAUGUUCCAGGAACAAUACAGUGGGUAGCCAAAACUAGCUGUAAAAAUGUCGAAAUAUGGCACGGUACUCUCUGCGGUAAAACUGAAGUCAGUGCGAUAUGCAGUUUUGUUAACCAACCCUACAUCUUCUGCACAUUAUCUGACUAGAAAUUGGUUUGUUACAGAUUACUACUGAAACACAGUGCUUCAUCAGCGGAUGUCACACACUGAAGCUUGUGAAUACCAAAAGUACAAAGCUUACAUUGAGCUAAAGUAAUGUUUAUACUGUAAUGUACAGGUGCGGUAACAGCUUGAAUUUAUCAUAGCCUACAGUAUAUCAAGAAGUUAAGCAAUGCUUUCACUGAAGAGAUACCUAAUAGCAAAAGUAAGUGUUGUUAAAAUAUACACACCAGCAGUAAGCAGAGCAAAUAAAUAAAUAUCCUGCUUCUCAUCUGAUGUUUAAUUUUUUAUGUGUAUUUAUGCAACCUACAGUAGUUGUAAAUGCACGUUCAUUUACACUUACUGUGUAGCUGUGUGCACAUUUAAGACUGAGAAGUAAUUAAUGGGUUUCUUGUCAACAACGUAUUUCCCAAGGCUGACAAGUCGACAAUGUACAGUAAGAAUUAAGAUUUAGGACUACUAGUGAGUACAGUAAUUAAUUAUAUGUUAUGCAUUAUUUUGUUUAUCUAGUUUAACAAGGCAGAAUAAGACAACUGGAAUGGAGAAAACUAGCAAGAAAUAACUUUGAAAUAAGAAGCUAAACAUGGUAGUUUCUAGUAUUAUAUUGCUUCAUUUUUUUUCUCUUUCUUCAAAAUAAACCUUUCAUAUUUGUUUUAUUUGCUCUUUCUAAUGUAAUUAACUAUUUACUCGAUUAUUAACACCUUUAAGAGUGUUUAAUCUGCACCUUAGGGGUGAAGUUUCUCCCCUGAUGUAGCGUAGACAAUGUGAACUGACCUACCCAGUACAGAAGAACAUUGUGGGCAGAAUUAUAGACAGAGUAUGGCUGGCAUGGUAACAAAGUGUAAAAGCUUAAUACAGUUGGUCUACAAGUUUAUUACUGUCAUUUCUGAUCGUGUAUGAUACCCUCUAUUAACCAACGGACCUGUUAUAUGUGUCAUUUACACAUGGUGCUAACAACUGAAUGGUACUGACGGAAACUGAUCAAUGCACAUUUUAUUAUGGGUCUAAAAUAGUAAAGUCAGCUCUUAGCUGGACUGAAUAGAUUCAGUUGCAGAUAAAAAAGACGGUUUCACUUUUUACAUGCUGUCACUUCAUGUAACUACACGGUUUAACGAUGAUAAAUAAAAGAAACCAAGGCAUUACUUGUUGAAUAUAUCUGUAAGAUGCUGUUGGGCACAUCAUCAGUGAUGUAUGUGGGGUCAACAGGUGUUCAGUAUCAGACACCCUCGCCCAGGCGACCCAGCUGAGGCUGAUCAGGCCCCAACACCUGUCCAAUUGGUGUGUUACCUUGCUGCCCACUGGUCUUUCAUCUUCAUCCACAGCCAUCUAGAAUCUCUCUCUGCUGCUUCACUGAUGUUGCUGAUAGUUUCCUUGCGAGUGGCCCCCUGUGCCAAGUGUACCUAAGGAUUCCCAAAGAGACUGUCCUGAGAAACCCAUGCAGCCCUCUGUAAUCAUCUAACACCUUGUUUUCCAGCCAUUCAUCACUUCUGUACCAGGUCCUCAUACUUGAGUCUCUUCCUUUCAUUUGCUUCCACAAUACAGUCUUCCCAUAGGACUGUAAGCUCCAGCAUUAUGACUUGCUUGGUUGAUGCAGACAUAAGCAAAAUAUCUGGUCUAAGCACAGUCUGCACAAUGUGUUGAGGAAACCUUAACUGUCUCUCCAGGUCUGCACUUGUGCCAGUCCCCUGCUGUUGCUAAAUCUCCAUCUGUUGUAGGUGCUUUGGUGCCUGGUGGGGCCCUUAGCUUGACAAAGGCAAUGAGAGGUGUCAUAGUCCAGCAGGCUUUGGGCUUUUCCGCUCCUUUGCUCCAUCCCAUCUAAUCUAGGUACCCUGCUGCUUCAGUGCAACUGUUCUGUGCUGUCUCUGCUCCUCCACGGCAGAUCACACCUCAUCCUGCACCAAUUUACGCCUCUCCUCGUCUGUGGCUGUCUUAUCUGGAGGUUGCGAUGCUACUAAGUCCUGCCCUUUCUUAUGCCACUCUUCCCACUGUGACGCUGUGCCGUAGGCAAGACUCAGCCUGGCAUACUGCUUCCUGUGCAUUCCAUUUUCUGUCUGUCUUCCCUUUAAUUCCUGCUUGAGUCCCUGUACUGCAGUGCCUCCCCUACACUAGUGACCUUGAACUCCUCUGUCACGGUGCUAAAUUAAGUUUAUAACUAAAGUUCGGGAGGAGGGUCAGACACCAAUCUCCGCGUCACCAAAAUGAAUCAUUCAAUUUACACAUUAAAUAAUUAAAGGGUACAUAAGGACCUUUUAUUUUAUUGUGUUACAUGUUCCCAUGUGUUGCUACAACUGUUUAUGUAAGUUGUGUAUUGUUUUAAUUUUUUUUUUUUUACAUUUUGACCACUUUUUUAAACUUUUAAAUUGCAUUCCCUGCCUCAAGAUAGAUUCACAUGUACUCACAUGGAUCUCUCAGAACUACUUGCUGUGAACCCAACGUGGAAGUAAAGAUUGCAGGUGCUUGCUGUGAGCCUGGGAAAGAAAAGGAAGCAGGGGCCUGCUGUACCGCUGGGAAGGAAGGAAGCGGGGCCCUGCUGGGCAGCUGUUUGGUGUAAGGAAUAGAAGGGGCUAUGUUGCCCUGAAGAAAGCUUGUAGCUGAAAUGGUAGAAAGAAUAAAAGCAUUAGACAGAGAGGAAACCACUAUAGGGGCCUGCUGGAUGCUUUUUUGUUUGCCUGAUGUUUGGCUGCAGAAGCAGCCCCAAGAUAUUCGAUACCCUGUCAGAAGCGCUGUGCUGGAUCCUCCUUAAUAACUACCGCAAUCCUUUUCUGCUGCAUCUCCUGGAUGAUUUUCUUCUCAAUGAUUUUCCCCACGCUUCCCCCUAGCAUCAGAAAAGACCUUGGGUCCUCUCACUUCCAACGAGUUUCUAGGCAUCACCCUGGAUUCCCAAUCUUUUUCAGCCUCGCUUCCCCGGGAAAAAAUAGAUUGUAUUAUAUCUAUUAUUUCCAUCUUGGCCAUUUAAACUAGCAAUGAGGAUAAUUCCUCAAGGAAGAGCUUUCAUCUCCUACCUUCUUCUCCUGAUCCCUUCUGUCGAUUCCCUUAACGACGUCAUACUCCUGGAUCCCUUUUGCCGCGAGGAACUCCGCCUGUGGGAGCUCCUACUAAAAGAAUGGAACGGCAUUACAUUCUUUUACGACGACUGUCUCCUGCUGCACGAAGGCAUUCAGUUGUUCACAGAUGCAGCUCCCACUGUUGGCUUUGGAGGGAAAAUGGUUUUCUCCUCCAUGGCCCGAAGUAUUCAGCACCAUUCCUAUACCCAAUCACUCCUCGUCAUUGUACGAGAUUGUGACAGAGUGUGGGAAAGUGGCUGCUGAGUAAGAACAGGUGCAGAAGUGAUGCAGUGAAGAAAUAAUCACAACCAGGAAACUGUAAUCCGUUUUGGAAAUGGGGUCUUUUAUUUUUAAUCCCGGUCUGGUGACCAAACAAUAAACAGUAAAACUGACCAGGAAGGAAAGGGUUCCCUAAUUUAUUUGUUUAAAUUAAACUCCCAUGUUAGCCCCUACAACCCCCUUCUCUUAUCUCCAUCUCCAUCUUUCUCAGGGUGCAUCACCUUCAGACCUGCUGUAUAUUAACGAAAACGGAACAAUUGUCACCCGCCACUGGUUCCUCUUUCAUUUUCACCAGAUUCUUUCCAGGUCUGGAUUUGCAGUCAUUCCUUCAGGAUCGGAGCAGCUUCUUCAGCUUCUCGCCACUGAGUUCCAGACUCCCUUAUCAAACAAUUAGGUCGAUGGUCCUCCAGUGCUUACCAAGUUUACAUUAGAACAAAUAUUACAGAUCUUAAAAAUGCUUUUACUAAAAUCUGCUCUUAGUACCCCGCCUGGAGGAAGGGCAAUCAGAUCAGCCAGGAUUCCCAGAGGUUUAUUUCACAAAAAAUGUGUUUUGUUUUCCUCUCCUGCUCGCUGACGAUCCUUGUUAGCGGUUGGCUAAACCUUCAAGUGAGCUAUAUCCAGUACUACUCACGGCAUUGAGACCGGCUUGUUCUUUUUUGGGGUCUCAGCCUCGUCCAGUAGGCCAGGCAGUGGGCCCUCAAACCAAGUUAGGUUUGAUGCCAAAUGAAUGUGUAUAUAUAACAUACUUCUCUGUAAAACUGCAUACACUGCAUUCUCCUCAAUAAAUAUUAAAACAUUUUGUGAUUGGUGUUUGUCCCAAACUACUGAAAUGGCAGUUGUAGCUUGUUGGUCAUGCCAUAAAAGGUGAUGCUGCUGAGGCUUAUUGGGAGGCCAAGCCGUCUGUGUAGGUAGCUGCUGACUUUCCUCUCAAAACCUUCAACUGUUGAGAUAGAUACCUUGUAAAUAAGUAGUGGUCAUAGUAUUCAUGGAAGGAAAGAACAAAUUAUCCUGUGAAAUUAUAUAUUAAAAAUAUGUGUCUUGUCUCUAAGAGAAUUACAAACUGCAAUUUCACAGGAAAGCAUUCAAUUUCUGCAGUUGUGGUGUCUGUUGUAUUGAACA